UUUAAGAGAAGGAUGAGCACAACCACCAGGAUGGAUUUAUCAAUGCAAGAAUAUGAUUCCACACAGUUUUGCUUUCCUGCACUGAACAAUUCUUGCAUGAAAGGUACACACAGCGUAGUCACACAGACAGUGUUGUAUUUUAUUUUGUUGUCAGCGAUGAUUGUGACCAUUCUAGGAAACUCAGUGGUCAUCAUCUCCAUAGCGCACUUCAAACAGCUCCAAACACCCACCAACAUACUGGUGAUGUCUCUGGCUCUGGCGGAUCUGCUGCUGGGAAUGAUGGUCAUGCCGUUGAGUAUCGUUCGUUCUGUGACUGGCUGCUGGUAUUAUGGAGAUGCCGUCUGUCUGCUUCACUCCAGCUUUGACAUGUUUCUUACAUCUGUGUCUAUUUUUCAUCUUAUUUUUAUUGCUAUUGACCGAUAUCAGGCCGUGUGUCAUCCGCUUCUGUACCCUACACGAGUCACCAUACCUGUUGCUUGGGUCAUGGUAGUGUUAAGCUGGAGCAUAGCUGCAGGGUAUUCUUACGGUCUUCUGUACUCAAAAGCUAAUGUCGAAGGACUGGAUGAAUUUCUUGCAUCUAUACACUGUAUGGGAGGUUGUGAUCUCUUUUUCAAUGCAUUGUGGGGAGCUAUUGACACAUUAAUAGCUUUCUUCUUACCUUGUACGGUCAUGAUCGGACUGUAUGCCAGGAUUUUCGUAAUCGCGAGACAGCAUGUAAGGAAAAUUGGAGACUCAGACCAGCAUGAAAAGCAAAGUGUUAUAAAGAGUUCUGGGCGAUCUGAGCACAAAGCUGCAAAAACUCUCAGUGUGGUCGUGGGUGCUUUUAUUAUUUGCUGGUUGCCAUAUUUUUUAAACUCCUUGAUAGACCCCUACAUUAACUUUUCGACACCACUGGCGCUCUUUGAAUUGUUUGUCUGGUUUGGUUACCUAAAUUCAACCUUAAAUCCCAUCAUAUAUGGGCUUUUCUAUCCAUGGUUUAGAAAAACUCUUUUUCUUAUUGUAACAAUGAAAAUAUUUGAGCCAAACUCCUCUUAUAUCAAUGUUUUUACGGAUUGACUAUUUUGUUUUUAUUUUACUAUAUUUAUUUCAUUCAGACUUGAUCUCAUCGUGCACAUUUGUAGUGAAAAUUUGUUGUCUUUUUACACUGAAAAAUGUACAUAAUAUAUAUUUUGCCCAAAAAAGA